UUUUUGUUUUGUGGAGGUGCCACAGCUGUCGGUAGGCGGCAGUUCAGUUCAACUCUUUCAAGCCGAAACUUGAGGAGCAGCGACGUCAUCGGGAGGAAAUCAGGAACAGCAACUCGCACUUUCCGUGAGAUCGCACGCUCCGCGGUGGCACAGUGGUGCAUGUCUGCAUGCGGCCAUGCAUUCCUCCGUUUCUUCAUCGCUCUCUCAUUCCUUAUCGGUCCAUCUUCACAAGCGUGCAGUAGGUUCGGGUGUAAAAGCACUAAACGCUGGGCAGUGUUUGUCUCACACCUCCCCCAAGUCCAGAGGCAUGCUGGGACGUGUCGUCGGGAAACGCUCGCAUCUAUAAUUUAAAGGCACAGACAGUUGGCCCGAUGGCAGCACGGACACAGAGAAGCCCUCGAGGAAAAAGACAAGGUUGACUUUCACGUGCUUUCACUACAGUACAGCCUCUCUGACGUCACAAGGACGCAGCACAGCCACAGGGUGUGACGUCACAAUGCGACUCGAGCCGUUAGAGUUUGUGGACACCUGGCCGGGGCUAGCUAUCUUCCUCCUCAUCGUCCUUUGCAUCGCCUCGCUCCUGGGCACGCUGGGCAACGUCCUCAUUCUGGUUUCCGUGGCAACGCAGAAGGAGUUGCAGAACGUGGAGUCGGUCUUCAUCGUGAACCUGGCGAUGUGCGACUUGUACGUCACCGUGCUGGCGGAUCCACUCAGCAUUGUGGCCAAGACUGUAGGGUGGCGGUGGUUCGACUCUGUCCCCUACCUGUGUCGUGCGGUGGGCAGCCUGUGCACCAUCUCGUGCGUGGGGUCGCUGAUGACGCUGUCCGCCAUGAGCUUUAACCGCUACGUGCUCAUCUGCCGGCCCUCCCUGUACCCCCGCCUCUUCACGCUGCGACACAGCAUCGCCAUGUGUGCCUCCGUCUAUACUGUCGGCCUCCUUCUCGUCCUCCUCAACCUGGCGGGCGUGGGCGACCACACCUUCGACCACAAGAGUCUGGAGUGCAUCUGGGACCGCAUGGCCAACCACAACUACACCAUCGUCUUCGCCAUCGUCCUCGUCUGGAUCCCUAUAGUGAUCACGGGACUGUCGUACAUCCACAUCUACCUGCACGUGCGCGCCUCCCGCAAGCGCGUGCACAACCAUUCAAGCGUGAAUGUCGUUUCCUCUAUGGCUCAGAAAGACGAAGUUAGCAGACAAGAUGGGAGCGUGGACAGGGACUUUCCUGUGAAGAAGACUCCCAGUGAGUACCGCGAUAAACAGACGGACAAUGAGUACCCGCCUAAACAGGCUGACAUGCAGCACUCCGCUGACGGAACGAAUCACUCAAAUGGACAACUUGAUAUCGAGGAAGCAAGUCAGGCAAAUAGGAAGCUCAACGAACAGGCCAACCAUACAACAAUUGAAAAGUCAGGCCUUAGUGAUAUCAACUGCAACGAUAGUGGCCCCAAGGCAGACGACUCAACUGCAGCUUCAGGAUCGGAACAUCGCCAAAGCCUGGCAACAGAUGAAGAAAGGACAACGUUUCCAAAAGAAGGGAUAAAAUUGGAUGAAGAAUCUGAUCCUGCAACCAAAGCAACAAUUAAAAGACCAAACAACAGUCAUGUCAACUGCAACACCAAUGAUGUCAGGCCAGAAAUGUUGGCAGCAGAAAACAACCGAGGCGUGGUGACAGAUGACAAAAGAACGCUAACUCCAAAGCUCCCGCGAUCCGUGAUGUUCACGUCUGUCCGACCGGCCGGAAGCACGAUUCCUGAUGAAAAAGAAGACGUGGUAGACAAAGAACUUCCUACAUCAGACUCGGGACAGUCGAAGUCGCUGGGCCAGAGGCUGCGGGGAACUCUCGGGAGCCUUAAGAAAAGAAAUUUGAGCCCCACCCUGAGGCUUGCGAGGACGCUCUUCAUCAUCUACCUCGUGUUCUCGGCGUGCUGGCUACCUUACUCCUUCAUCCUCAUCCUGGAUGCCCAAGAUUCCUUCGCGCACGAGCUACACGUGGUGAUCGUGGCUUGGGCGCACCUGCACCCGUCCAUCAACUGGCUUGUGUAUUAUUACACCAACUCGAAAUUUAGGAAAGCAUUCCGCAAGUUGCUGCGCAUAGACAGACAUGCGUAGUCAGGGAUGCAUGACGACAGUUACACAGAUCACCCUCCACCCCGCUAUUGUCCUAAUUGUUUUUCCUUGUUUUAUUUUAAUUUUUGUUUCUUUUGUGGGGGUGGGUAAUUUUUGCACUUUUGAAGAAAAUAUCUCCCGGUCUAAACAAGAGAGAGAGAGAGUAAAAAAUAAAAAAAGAAGAAAGGGAGCUAAAAUGAAAAAGCUGUUGUAUCUGAUUACAUACAAUAAAUAGAUACCACCCAAGCGGCUAAUUCCAUUGUUGGAACCUUUCACAAUUGCCAUGGAAAUGCUUAUCGGCUUCCGGCUAGUCUACAAGCAAAGGAUGAAGUCGUUCAUUCAUUCCAUAGAAUCAGCAGAACAGGCGGACAGCCAGUCGGCAUGUGUCAGAAUGUGUUACAAUGUGUCAGGAUGCAAAAUUCGUCUGGGCACCGCUGUAAUUUCCAUGUCUCCAUUCGAGUUUCUGUCGGUUUUCAUUGAUUUUCAUUGGCAGCGGCUGUGGUCGGUCCAGAAUGAAAGAUUGGAAGCAAAGGGAAAUUGAAACUAGAACACUUUGACGGAUUUAGAGAAAGCAGCAGCACAGCAAUUCUUCGCCCACGACUUCUGAGCCCAUGACUUCUUAUCUUGUGUUGACUACUAUUACUACUACGACGACGACGACGAUGAUGAGUGUUCCUUGUGGCCAUAGAAUGGAAGUGGGCCACGUAACAAGCACUGAUUGAAUUUGAAGGUGUUAAUUAUCAGAAUGAAAUCUGACAUAUGACUGAAUGUCGUUGAACUGGUAAAAUGGAUUCAAGCAAAAUAUACCUAUGGUCUCUCCUAAAAUAUUUUUCAAACAUCAGUCUGACAAAUAAAAUAUCUUCUAAACAUCAGCAUGAGAAAAACAGUUCGUUCUACCAUUUUCAUUUUGUAUUUCGAUCGAAGAAGCCUACA